CUCUUUGCUCUAGGCAAUACUGCAGCACAAUGGCCUCCAUUGGUCCAGUGAGCACAGAAGUUUGCUGUGACAUAUUCAGGGAGCUGAGAAGCCAGAGAGUCCAGGAGAAUGUCUGCUACUCCCCUCUGCUCAUAAUUUCAACACUCUCCAUGGUCUACAUAGGUGCAAAAGAUAACACCAAGGCUCAGAUAGAAAAGGCUAUCCACUUUGAUAAAAUCCCAGGAUUUGGAGAGAGUACUGAAUCUCAGUGCGGCACAUCUGUGAGCAUCCAUGCUUCACUUAAGGACAUUGUCACCCAAAUCACCAAACCAAGUGACAAUUAUUCCAUCAGCAUCGCCAGCAGACUUUAUGCUGAAGAGAAAUACCCAAUUCUGCCAGAAUACAUUCAAUGUGUGAAGGAACUGUAUAAGGGAGGUUUGGAAUCUAUCAGCUUUCAAACAGCUGCAGAAAAAUCCAGAGAGCUCAUAAAUUCCUGGGUUGAAAGUCAGACAAAUGGGUCGAUCAAAAAUAUCCUUCAACCAAGCUCUGUGAGUUCACAAACUGACAUGGUCCUGGUCAGUGCCAUCUACUUCAAGGGACUGUGGGAGAAAGCAUUUAAGGAAGAAGAUACCCAGGCAGUUCCUUUCAGAAUUUCUGAGCAAGAAAGCAAACCUGUGCAGAUGAUGUCUCAGAUUGGUAUAUUUAAAGUGGCAGAGAUCCCUUCUGAGAAAUGCAGAAUCCUGGAGAUUCCAUAUGCCAGUGGGAGGCUGAGCCUGUGGGUGCUGUUGCCUGAUGACAUCUCCGGCCUGGAGCAGCUUGAGACCGCAAUCACCUUUGAAAAUCUCAAGGAGUGGACCAGUUCUAGAAAGAUGGAAGAGAGGAAGAUUAAAGUUUAUCUCCCCCGCAUGAGGAUUGAGGAAAAAUAUAACCUGACAUCUGUCUUAAAAUCCUUGGGUAUCACCGACCUGUUCAGCUCAUCAGCCGAUCUCUCUGGCAUCUCUUCAGCACGGAGCCUGAAGGUGUCUGAAGCAUUCCAUGAGGCAUUUGUGGAGAUCCAUGAAGCAGGCAGUAAGGUGGUACACUCAUCAGGAGCUUGGGUAGAUGACACAAGUGUCUCUGAAGAGGUUAGAGCUGACCACCCUUUCCUCUUCUUGAUCAAGCACAACCCAACUGAUAGCAUCUUGUUCUUUGGCAGAUGCUAUUCCCCUUAA